AUGCUUCCCGAGACCCUCAGUGGGAUUUUCCAGCCCAGGAAAAGCCCUUCAGGGGCUGCAGGCCGGAGGAUGCCGCGGGAAUACCUGGCCCAGGUGAUGCCCGUCCUGCCCGGCCCCUCCCGGGCAUCAGUGCCCCCGUUCCCCAAUUGGGCGCCCCGAGGCGAGUCCAGCCCGGGCUCCAGGCAGAUCCAGCUGUGGCACUUCAUCCUGGAGCUGCUGGAGAAGGAGGAAUUCCGCCACGUCAUCGCCUGGCAGCGGGGAGGGGACGGCGAGUUCGUCAUCAAGGACCCCGAGGAGGUGGCCCGGCUGUGGGGGAGGAGGAAGCGCAAACCCCAAAUGAACUACGACAAGCUCAGCAGGGCCCUCAGGUAUUACUAC